CCGUUCCAAAUUGAUGACAAUGUAUUUGUUUUUUCUCUCUCUCUUUCAUCCUCAACAAACUUCCGAAUUUUACGAGCACCAAAUUCGUCUUUCUCUUUCUCUCAUUCAACAUUCUGUAUCUUCUCCUUCCUCAUUUCAUCAUCAUCAUCAUCCAUUUCUCAUUCUGAUUCUGGUUUGCUACGUCUCAGUUCCUUUUCCAUCAGAACCAGAGCUUCAGCUCAAGGAGACCCAAGAUCCAGCGCAGAAACUGGAAUUUUAAGUAUAAUUUGCUUUCAUUUCAAGGACCGUGCACUGCUGAUCCCUGGUUCAUAGGAUCUGAUUUGGUGUGUACAACAUAGCACACAUUUGAUUAUUAUCUCAAUCCAAAUUAAUUUAAUGCAAGGAUGAUGGGUAACUAUUUCUAAUUGUGAGGCAGCUGCAUGAGUCAAACUGGUAUUUAGUUGAAUGUUCAACGCAGUUUUAGGAGGUGGAAAAGUAAAAACAAGUCCUGUGUCUGUCUUACCUUUGACAUGGAGAGAAUGAACAGUGCAGGUUCUUGUUCUUCAAUGAGAAGGAAUUCAUUGAGCAUAUCAAGCCAUCAGAUAGAUAAUGAUGCUGAGUGUGAAAGUGUUUCAGAGGCUGGAGACAUUGGGGAUCGAGCUCUUCCAAGUAGAAGGUUCAGUGAGAGCAGCAGUUUACGCUUGUCUUUUGAUAACACUUCAGAAAAUGAAGCUGGUGUUUCCAUUCUAGAGGAGCACAGGUUGCAACCAUACCCUUCCUUCUCCCAUCCUAACUCCUCUGUUAGGCCUCUUCCUACCGAUACAAUUGUGGCUUCUGAAGAUUCAAAGCAAGAACCGCGUAAAAGCUUGCCAGAGUUGCUGGACUAUAUUUCAUGUAUGCUUCACUUAGCUGUUUUUGGAAUUCUUGGGGUCUUAACAAGAUAUUUACUUCAAAAGUUAUUUGGCCCUGGGGUUGCCGGCGUGACAAGCGAGCAAACUAUUCUUUACCUUGACCUUCCUUCUAAUAUGAUUGGUUCAUUUUUAAUGGGAUGGUUUGGAGUUGUGUUCAAAGGAGACAUAUCUCAUGUGUCAGAGCAUCUAGCCAUAGCAAUUACAACUGGUUACUUAGGGAGCCUCACAACCUUCAGUGGUUGGAAUCAAAAAAUGCUUGAACUCAGUGUUUCCGGCCGCUGGCUCUUCUCUGCACUUGGCUUUCUUUUAGGAUUAUUUCUUGUUGCCUUUUCCAUCAUAUUUGGGAUUGAAACUGCCAAGGGUUUCAGGUGGCUCCUGAACAGGUUGAACAUGAGUUCAGGAAAUGGUUGCUCUAAGAUCAACUUCAAAGUAGACAACUACCGCCAUCAGUUGAUAGUUAUGGUGAUGUUCUUGGUUAUAUUGGGCAUACUAUGGGGUGUCAGUGGAGCAUUAGUAAAGGAUGAGUUCAAACAUGGUGGCAGUGCUGCUCAGUUAUGGUUUGCAUGCAUGGUUGGACCUAUCGGUGUAUGGAUUAGAUGGUUCUUAGCGCGACUCAAUGGAUGUGGGAUAGGAACUGCAGGAUUGCUUAAAUGGAUUCCAUUUGGGACUCUAAUUGCCAAUGUAUCAGCUGCUUGUGUUAUGGCUGCACUUGCUAGUGUGAAGAAUGCAGUGAACACCAGGAAUUGUGAUACUGUUGUAGCAGGAAUACAGUUUGGUAUGAUGGGGUGUCUGAGUACUGUUUCUACUUUUGCUGCUGAGUUUAAUGCAAUGAGAGAAAGCAAUCAUCCUUGGAGAGCGUAUGCCUAUGCUAUUAUUACAAUAUGUGUCUCAUUCUCUUUUGGGAUCUUAAUAUACUGCAUCCCUGUUUGGACAAAGGGGUUUGAUAUUGACACAUAGCAAUCGGGCAAGGCAAUCUUGUUUUGGCACUAUAUGUGGUCAAAGCAUCGAAGUUUCAUGACAACCUCACUCCUGAUUUUAUAGAUAACGAAUUUGCUUAUGGAGAAGGGUACUCCUCAGUUCAGAGAAACAUAGUAAUGUAUUUACUACUCUUAAUAAGAUUUGUCGAUAGUGGAAUGGGGUGUGAAGUGAGGUUUUAAGCUUUCAGGUCUCUGAUUAAUAUUGAUGAGAUCACAACAGUUUUGUUAAUAUAGAUGUCAUGUCUUGAUGUAGAAAAAAUGAAAAAAGGGAGCUGGUUGUACUUAAUGCAUUUUUGAUUGAAAGGAUGUUAUGGUUUAUGAGUCCAAGGUUACAGUUCCUGCCUACUUUCACCAAAGCCUCGUUACAGAAGUUAGAAGCUGCGCCUACUGGUUUGAGGAUCUUUUAUUCCUAUAUAAUAUUAUUUGAGAUUAAAAAUAAUAAGCAAAAAAUAAUUAUGGAAA